UGUAUGUUUUAAGGCAUGCAAUGAUUGAAUCAAUUGUUUUCUUUAUAUAUCAAUUCAUUCAAUAUUUACAAACCAUUUAUCGUUCAAUUGAUUUGUUAUUAAAAUCAUAACAUUUAACGACACGUUUUGUUUGCAUUUAAUUUAUUUCAUAAAUUUAUUGAUAAUUUAUUAAUUCAUUAAACAUUCAUUAAUUGUAUACAAAAAAAAACAUAAAUAAAACAUUAGAUGAUUAAUAUCGUCGACCAUUGAGUUAUGUUUGCCAGUUCAUCGCAAUUAUCUGUUAAAUUGGGAUCAAUUGUUGGCCACAACAACCACAGUCUUGAUUCAUACUCAUCACCGCAAAAGUCAUUGUCACGUAAGUCUGACCAAAACUCUGGUCAACACUCGCCACCAAACAGAAUGGACACAAAUGUGAAGCCAAUUGCGACCAACAAUAUUAAUCCGACGACCAAUUCGGUGACAAACACGAAGAAUGUUAGCGAAAGAGUGAUUAAGGCUAACGUUAAGAUCACUGAUAAUCUGUAUGACAUCGAGUCUUGGAAUGUACUGAUUAAAGACGCACAGGGCAAACGUAUUGAAGAGUCGCGAGAGUUCUUCGAGAAACUGGUCAUUCAAUUCCCAAAUUCCGGUCGCUUCUGGAAGUUAUACAUUGAGACUGAGAUGAAAUCUCGUAACUACGAUAAAGUUGAACGGCUAUUUCAACGCUGUCUAACCAAAGUCCUUAAUAUUGAUCUCUGGAGAUGUUAUUUAACAUAUAUUAAAGAUACAAAGAAUUCAUUUCCCGAUUAUCGGGAAAAAAUGGCCAAAGCCUAUGAUUUUACAUUAGAGAAAAUCGGAAUUGACAUCCAAUCGUAUUCAGUUUGGAACGAUUACGUCCACUUCCUUAAGAAUGUCGAAGCCGUCGGUAGUUAUGCCGAAAACCAAAAGAUUACAGCCGUUCGUAGGGUUUACCAAAGGGGUGUCGUUAACCCUAUGAUUAGUAUUGAAUCCUUUUGGAAGGAUUAUAUCACUUAUGAACAGAAUAUAAACCAAAUGAUAGCCGAGAAGAUGAUCGCCGAUCGAUCUAAAGAUUAUAUGAAUGCCCGAAGAGUUGCCAAAGAGUUCGAAGCUGUUACUCGUGGUCUUAAUCGCAACGCUCCGGCAAUUCCUCCACAAAACACAUCCGAUGAGGCAAAACAAGUGGAACUCUGGAGGAAAUACAUUCAGUGGGAGAAAAGUAAUCCAAUGAAAACCGAAGACACUUCUCUAGUCAUUAAAAGAGUUCAGUUCGCAUACGAACAAUGUAUCCUAUGUCUGGGCCAUCACCCAGACGUUUGGUAUGAAUUUGCCUCUUAUAUCGAAGAAAAGAGUAAAGAAAUGGGAGAAAAGGGAAAUAUGAACGAACAGAAGACAUUGCAGGAGGAAGUGUCGGCCAUCUAUGACAGGGCCACCACAACACUACUUUCCACUAAUAUAUUGAUUAACUUUGCUUACGCCGACUUUGAAGAAUCACGUAACCGUAAAGAAGAAGCCAUUAAAAUAUAUGAGAAACUAUUGAAUAUUCAAACUCCAGGAUUUGAUCCGACACUUGUUUAUAUUCAGUACAUGAAGUUUAGGCGACGAACUGAAAGUAUAACAACAGCCCGAAGUGUGUUCAAGAGAGCCCGUGAGGACAGUCGUUGUGGUCAUGAAAUAUGGUCGGCGGCGGCUCUUAUGGAAUAUUAUUGCAAUAAAGAUUCAAACGUUACGUCAAAGAUCUUUGAAUUGGGACUCAAGAAGUUUGGGAACUCACCUGAAUUUAUUCUCUCAUAUAUUGAUUACUUAACGCAUUUGAAUGAAGAAAAUAAUAUUAGAGUACUGUUUGAGAGAGUCCUCACUACUGGAACUCUGGCGCCUGAAAAGUCACUUGAAAUUUGGACAAAGUUUCUUGAGUUUGAGUGUCAAAUUGGAGACCUGUCCAGUGUUAUCAAAGUGGAAAAGAGGAGAGCCUUAGCCAUAGAAAAGCUCAACAAACAGACAUCAGAGACUGCAUGGCUGGUCGAUAGAUAUAAAUUUCAGAAUCUGCUUCCCUGUUCCCAAACUGAGCUCAAGUCGAUUGGAUAUGUUGUCAAACAGAACCAACAAAAUCCAUUCACACCUGUUGUCGCUAAUGUUGUCUCAAAUAACGUUCCGUCGACUUUAACCACUUAUCCAAAACCCGAUUUCUCACAAAUGGUUCCGUAUAAGCCUAAACAAAAUCCAAUUGGUAACCUACAUCGCGGUGGUAUAUUUCCUCCACCACAAGCCGUGACCACUCUUUUGGCACAAUUACCUCAUCCCUCAUCAUUCAAUGGUCCGUUUGUAUCGAUUGAUGAUCUAAUGAAUCUCAUUCGCACAAAGUUUUCAACUCUGGACACGAGUCCCCGUCCUGAAGGCAUACCAGUACAAGACGGCCGCAAAUUGUUUACUAUAGCUAUGGAAGCGGCAGAAAAUAAUACAAACAUUUCUAAGAGAACGCUCAAUGAUGAGGACGAUGAGGCAGAUGGCGAUGACUCCAAUCCCGCUCCUCCACAGUAUGAUAUAUACCGUAGUCGACAACUACAGAAAAAACCUCGAAAUUGA